AUGGCUGGCGAACAGUUGGUCUGCGGUGUGUGUAGUAGCGGCGAGCCCCGCUACCGCUGUCCGCGCUGCUUGACGCGGUACUGCUCGUGCGACUGCUACCGGAAUCACAAACAAGAGGAGGGCCGUUGCCGCGAGCCGGACGUGCCUGCACCGGCGGAGACCGGCGAAGAGCCCGAGUACAGGUACCCGACGCCGGACACGGUGCCGCCGGAGAGGCUGUGCCGCUUGCGCGAUUCGGAGGCCGUUCGCGAGACUCUGCGCAACAGAAACGUGCGGGCGCUGCUGCGCGAUCUGGACCGGAGCAGGGACCCCACACGCAUGUUGGACUCGCUGAUGCGAGAGCCCAUCUUUAUGGAAUUUGUGAACGCUUGCCUGGACGCCGUUGGCGUCGGGGAAGACUAA